GAAUGUUUGCAUAAUACCAGGUGUGCUGUAGUCUCGUCUGCUGGUACUGCGCUAAAACGGCCUGUAAGAUACAGAUGCAGCGGGUUAGUUUUGCUGCUCCCCUAUCGGUGGCGACACCUUUAGCAGUUGCCAUACUCAUGCCCCUAGCCUUGGAUGAAAAAUCGCAUUUCCCUUUCACUCUUCCUUACCUGCAGUGGAAUAUUCCCGAAUUAAGCAACGAUUUGAUCGAGAAAUACAGCUGGAUAUGGAUAAUUUGGUGGUCGUCACUUGCAUGGAUAACUUUCUAUAUCUGGAUGCCAAGAUCUGGACGACUGGCCAAAGGAGAGAAGUUGUUUGUGAAGCCGUUCAACUGCAGCAUUCUUCUUGAACAGGACAUGAAGCUGAACAGGCGCCGAGACGACAGGGAGUUUGUGAGGAACGAAAAGGUGCGGGAAUUUAUGCGCGUGGAGGAGGUAAUGAACAACCCCAAAUCGUUCGACGACACCGAACGUGUUUAUACCGCUUCCGUAGCAAGGCGAAGCCCCAAGACCCCCUUGAUCUACAUCUGCGCCACCAUGUGGCACGAGACGGAGAACGAGAUGUUACAGAUGCUGAAGUCAAUCUUCAGACUUGACAUGGACCAGUGCUCCCGUCGCCUGGCGCAGCAAUAUUUCGACGUAAAUGACCCGGAUUAUUAUGAGUUUGAAGGUCACAUUUUCUUUGAUGAUGCGUUCACUCCUCAUGCGGACGGCAACCCUAACUACACAGUGAACGACUUUGUCAAACUAUUGGUUCGUGUUGUGGACAUUGCUGCAAGCGCCAUACACCGAAUCCCAAUGUCCAUCCCUCCUCCUACGAAGAUCCCAACUCCAUAUGGGGGUCGUCUUGUAUGGCAGCUACCUGGUGGCAAUAAGUUGGUGGCUCAUCUUAAAGAUAAAGCAAAGAUACGGCAUAGAAAAAGAUGGAGUCAGGUGAUGUAUCUCUACUACUUCCUGGGUUACCGCCUGAUGCAGAAGGUAGAAAACGUAAAACAGGUUGGAAAGCUGGCUGAAAACACCUUUCUUCUCGCUCUUGACGGCGACGUUGACUUCCAGCCCUCGGCCGUCCAGAUUCUGGUGGACCUGAUGAAGAGGAACGAAAACGUGGGGGCUGCAUGCGGUCGUAUUCACCCUAUAGGAUCAGGUCCUAUGGUUUGGUACCAGAAGUUCGAAUAUGCCAUCUCUCAUUGGUUCCAGAAGGCAACGGAACAUAUGAUUGGUUGCGUUCUCUGCAGCCCCGGAUGUUUCAGCUUGUUUCGCGGUUCUGCUCUCAUGGACGACAACGUGAUGCGGAAAUACGCGACCACUCCCACCGAGGCUGUACACUACUUACAAUACGACCAAGGUGAAGAUCGUUGGCUGUGCACCCUGUUGCUACAGCAAGGAUACCGCGUGGAGUACAGUGCUGCUUCUGACGCUCUUACCUACGCUCCAGAGACCUUUGACGAAUUUUUCAACCAAAGAAGACGUUGGUCACCAUCCACUAUGGCUAACGUUAUGGACUUGCUCCUCAGUUUCAAACAUACUGUCAAGGUGAACCAGGACAUCUCCAUGUUAUACAUCAUCUACCAAGCCUGUCUCCUUGUGUCCUCCAUCUUAGGACCGGGAACAAUAUUCCUGGUGGUUGUAGGAGCCUUCCAAACUAUCAACAUCUGGCCAGACGGCUUUAAUCCUGAUGAUAAAGCCUUUUUCAUUAACAUUGUGCCUAUCAUAAUGUACAUAAUAUUGUGUUAUGUGACAAGUACAAAGAUUCAGCUGUUUGUAGCAGCCGUUAUGUCCGCUAUCUACGCCCUAGUGAUGGCGCUGGUACUGGUCAGCAUCAGCUUGCAGAUGAAUGAGGAAGGGUACUGUUCCCCUACCGCCUUGUUCUUUUUCCUUGUGGCUGGCGCCUUUCUAUUGGCUGCUAUCCUCCAUCCUCAGGAAUUCGCCUGUGUGUUUGCCGGGAUUCUGUAUUAUCUGCUCAUUCCCAGUAUGUACCUGUUGCUAUUUAUAUACUCCAUGUGUAACUUGCACGUGGUCUCAUGGGGCACGAGAGAGGUCAAGGUUGCAGAGAUGCCAACUCCCAAUAAUGAGAAACAGCAACCUAAAAACGCAAAAGAGAAGACAACCAACUCAGCCAAAGCUGCCUUGAUGAAACUUUUCAGCGCAGCAAAAGCCGAAAAGGGCGAGGAUGGGUUCAAACUAACGUUUGGAAAACUCUUCCGGUGUAUCUGUUGUCCACGUGACAACAGUGAAGACGUGAAUCAAAAGCUGAGCGCCAUUUAUUCACGCAUAGAUGAAAUGGAUAAAAAUAUGUUGAAACAUAGACCGGUUGUGGUUGUUGGAAGAGAUUCCACGGCAGAGAGUAAUUUACAUGUGCCCACCGAAAGUAUGGUAGAAGAUCGCCGACCGUCUUUUACGACAGAGGACGGGAACUUUCCAAAGUUAGACAUCCUGGAGGCGGAUGUGUUUACCGUUAACCCAGUGUUUGAAGAGGAAGAACGUGACGAACUCGUCAAUCCAAUGUGGACGGAGGACGAGGGCCUUAAGGAAGGUCCUGUAGUUCUCCAAGAAAAGGCAGAGACACAGUUUUGGCAAGACCUCAUCAAACAAUACUUGUUCCCACUGGAAAACGACCCAAAGCACCAGGAGCACAUGGCUGCCGAGCUAAAAACUUUGCGCAACAAGGUCACAUUCGCCAUCUUUCUUCUGAACGCAAUUUUUGUGGUGGUAGUAUUUGUGCUCCAAAAAGAAAAAGGUAAACUUUCUAUACCUUGGCCUUUUAGUUGUGGAUAUAAUGCCACGAAGAAUUUGGCGUUGGAGCCAAUUGGGACGGUUUUCUUGGUAUUCUUCCUGUUGGUUCUGCUCAUUCAGCUUCUAGGAAUGAUAGCUCAUCGUCUGCUGACCUUCUGGCACAUCAUAUCUACCACACCCGUAUCUGGAAAACUUGAUCAAACUGCCGCGAAGAUCGCUCUUGUGCGCGACUUACAACGUCUUCCACAGGGCGAUGACGAUUCCGACAGGAUGUCAGUGUGCAGCUUCACCUCCGGUGCCUCUGACGAUGAGUUCAAUUUCGCCAGAGAGAGGAAGAAUUCAUUCGCAAAACACGUCAAGAAAAAGAAGAAGACAGUUAAGGAGGGAUACGCCACUAUGAAUAAAGCAUUUGUUGAGCGCUUCUUGGCAUUGUCCGACCAAGGACCUGAGAAACUUCAGCAACAACAUGGACGGCGGCACACAAUGGCUGGCAGCUACCAGGAUCGUAAAUGCAAGCAAGCUCUAGCAAGCUUAGCCGAUGAGUGGGACCAGGUUUUCCAAGAAGAGAAGAUUUCCAAUUUACGUAACAAGUGGAAAGGGGCAGCCAGAGCCAUCCAGCUCACCCGAGCGUUUCAACUGAAGAAAGGUGUUAAGGCACAAAAAAUUGAGACUAUCAACGAGUCGGCGGAAAGCUCUGGAAGCGGCACGUUUGAUGUGCCGGUCGUGCCGAACAAGGAGUACGAUAACCCUGUGUUCGAGGGAGAUGAAGGAGUGUAUACCGACAUACCUGGGUCUUAUCCCGCUGAUACACCUGGAUCUAGUCUCGCCAACACACCUGGAUCUAGUCCCGCUGACACACCAGGAUCUAGUCUCGCCAACACACCUGGGUCUAUCCCCGAAAUUAUAUCUGAUAAUGACACAGACGUUCUUUGGAGUGAGAAAUUGUAAAAGUGCAUUUGAAGUUAAAUUGUUUGGCCACAAAAGCCGACCAAAUGUCACCAUUAAGUUCCAAACAGUAGAUCUUAGAAAAAUAACAAAGGGCAUAGUUGCAUAUUACCCGAAAAAUGAUAUUUAACGGAAUUUUCUGCUCGUUAUGUUUGCUUUAUAUGAACAGUUCAGAUAAGAAGGUCAGAUAAGUAAGGUCAAAGGACCAAAAUUUUCAAGAAGGUGCAGUUUUUAAUUUAAUUCUUUUAUGGCUGAUGGAGUGAUUAAUUCGGUUUAGCCCUUGGCAUGUUGACUUUAUUCGACUUCGAGUUUAUGUGUGUAACUGGGAAUCCACGCUCCACCGAUGCUCGGGUCAAAUGUACCUUUAAGAACUUGGUUCAGGAAUUUGCUCACUUGCAUUGUUUUGCUAAAUUCUUUUGUAUGAGAUGGAUAUAUAAUAGAACGCUAUUUGGCUUUUUUUAACAUAUAGAGGUAUAUUUUUUUGUAUAUAUACUAGUAGCAUUGCAUUUCAAUGAGUCAUGCAUUUUGGAUAUGUUUGUAUUGUACGUAUUUGUAAAUCAUAUAGAAGAGAAACCUUUAAUAUAAUUUCAAAUGAUUUCUAGAAAUCAGUUGUCUCAUAUAAAUUAGUAUAAUAAAGCGACAAUUCCUUACUAUUAUAUUCACAGUUACAGUUCCAAGAACUGUAAUGACGUAGGUAGCCCGUUAGACCAACGUUAUUUCUAUCCUAUCCUAUCCCUAUGUAAACAUUUGCACAAGAAGUGAUAUCGAUGCACUUCUGCCUUUGAAAAUAAAGUGAUCAUUGAAAAUUU